AUGGUAUAUAAUUUUGUUUGUGUUAUAUUUACCUUUGGUGGCAGUGAUAACGUGGACAUAUUACUGGAAGAAAUCGGAGAAUACAAGGAUUACUUUGAAUUUUGCGACAAGUGUAAUUCCUCAAGACCAAUCGGAUCACAUCACUGCAGAAGAUGCAAAAAAUGCAUCCUUAAAAUGGACCAUCACUGUGUUUGGAUAACGAAUUGCGUUGGAUUAUGUAACCAAAAAUAUUUUAUACAGUUUCUUGUGUAUAUGGAGCUGAUGUGUAUUUUUAAUCUUCUGUUAAUAGUGGGUAACAUAAUGGACCUUUUAGAUAAGAAUGAUAACCUUGAUUCUUACAUUUUCAAGAGAGAUGCUUUAUACUUUAUCUUUAUUAAUUUCCUUAUUUCGGUUAUAUUUUUCCUGUUUGUGUGUAUAAUCUUGAUUGGCCAGAUUUGCUCGAUAAUAAAAGGAAAUUCUAAAAUUGAUGAGUUGAAAAAAAUCAAAUUCAAAAGAAUAACCGUGAAGGAAAAUUUGAAGAUAAUUUUUGGAAAUUCUUUUGCUCAAAUACUACUCCCUGUAAAAAAUAAAAUGUAUAAAUAUAAUGAUGAACUGAAGUUUGAGACGAUAAUCGACAUGAUAAACAAUAAACACCUGGAAAUCACAACACCAUAA